AUGAGGAGAAGAGUACAAGCACAAAGAAAGUUUGCUAUGGGGACAACAGCUCCCAAUAGCCGACAACACCCUAGAGAAAGCAACAUAGACAGAAUAUCUGAUACACCACCAGAAGACACCAAUGUGUUCGCGGUUCAUUCAUCCACACGUUCCAUGUUAGAUGUGGUGUCAUUUGAAGCUAUGCAUCAACAUAUACAGCCUGUCGUGAGGCUAAAGCGUCUUCAGGUUCCAGUUGAUCAGGUGGAUACAGGUCCAGUUUCAAGUAAAAGAACAAGAAAUUCAAGUUCUCUAGGUGAUGAUGAUAUGCCUGUAGACCAUAGGACUAAUGGAAGGUCUAAGAGGAACAAUCCCUGUCCUUCAGAUUUGAUAAAUUCAGUCCCACAAAUAUUCUUAUUCAGAGAGACAGUUUUAAAGAACCGCUGCUACAGUUGCACAAAAUGUAAGAAGAUAACAUUAGUCAGUAAUAUUUUGAAAAGGAUAGAAGGCAAAAUUGAUUUAAGCAGUCUGUUCCCUAACGGAGAGCGAUUUGAAGAUAUUUUGACAUACAUAGACUUAAUGGAAGAUUUUCCCCACAAUGGUGACAUUUUUAAUGACAAAGGCAAGAAACUUCUAAUGAAUAACACCGCCGUUAACAAUAAGAAUGAAGUUAAAACAACGAGUGUAGAAAAUGUGACCUCUAAAACACGUCAGUCAAAUUUGGAAAAUGUAGCGCCUAAGAAAAGGGCGUCUGAUGUCGAGAAUGUAGCUCCCAGUAAAAGCCGCCAAUCGGAUGUUUCAAAUGUUACGUCUACACGAAGCCGUCAAGCUAAUGCUGACUUGGCUGCUAGUAAAAGUCGUCAGUCAAAUUCGGAAAAUGGUCCUCCUAGUAGGACCCGCCAUACAAAUGUAGAAAAUGGAGCUACCAGUAGAGCCCGCCAAGUAAAUGUUGAGGCACCAAGUAGGAGACGCCAGUCGAAUGUAGUGCCAGUCGAAAAUAGUGCCACUACCAGAAAUCGACCAUCCAAUACUGAAAAUCAAACUAUGGGUAAAAAUCGUCAAACAAUUGCUGAAAAUAUCACUAAGAAUCGAAAUGUCGUCAAUGUAAGCUCCAGUAAAGGUCGCCAAUCUAAAGUAGACAGUACAAUCCCAACUAGAAGCCGCCAAUCAAAUAUUGAGACCACUGUACGUCAAAGUGCCAGGAACCGGCAAAGGGUAUUGUCAACCAGUAGUAGUAGUGAUGAUGAAGUUCUAGCAAAAAAAACUAAAAAUAAUAUAGACCUACCAGAGGCACCAGUUUUCCGCCCUACACCUGAUGAAUUUAAGUGUCCAAUCAAAUACAUCGAGAGUAGGCUAGAAGAAGCGUCAAAAUUCGGUUUAUGCAAGAUUAUUCCGCCAGAUGGUUUCAAACCCCCCUGCAAAGUUGAUAACGAAAUGCGCUUUGGAACAACAAACCAUUACAUCGGGCGCAUGUUUCGUCGUUGGGGUUCGGCCUCACGACAGUUGGCCACCAUCAAAGUGGUUCUAGCCCCAGAGAAAGUCCCCUUUAAACGACCACCAUUACUCGGCGGAAUAGAAGUGAACCUACCGAAGUUAUUUGACAUCGUUCAAAGUAUGGGUGGAUUGAAAAGCAAAAUCACUGCAGAACAAUGGGAUAAAAUUGCUAAGCAACUUGAUUAUUAUGAGUAUGUUAAAAAUCCAGGUCCCAAAUUGGAGAAGAUUUACGUUAAGUAUCUACUUCCGUAUGACACUAUGUCAUCUCUUGAGAGGAGUCAAUUAGUUGAUAAGGUUGGUCAUCAGUGGGCUAAGAGAAAUCAAAUGAUGCUGAAUAGGGCUUCUAGUCCUCUACAUAGACAGAAAUCGAUGUUGUCCGAGACUGAUUCUUCAGAUAGCGAUGACUCAAUGUGCAUAGAAGACAGGAAGAUAUAUGAAGCUUUAGCUGAGACUGAAGACUGUAUUGUAGCUGGUCGAGCUAUGACUACUGGAAUGUUUAAAAAGGUGGCUGAGACUGCUUCUAAAGCUUUCUUUGCAUCGUCGCCUAUGAGCACAGAAGCUAUAGAGCUAGCAUAUUGGAGGGUAGUUGGAUCUGGAGCAGAGCAUGUCUGUGUUAAUGCAGCUUCUAUUGAUACUGGUGCCUCAGGCUUUGGAUUUCCUAAUAGAGAUAAAGAGGAUUCAUAUACCCGGCAUCCAUGGAACUUAAAGAGAAUCAGUGAAGACCCUGAUAAUAUAUUGAGUUUUCUGGGUCCAGUCGGUGGGAUGACUGUACCAACCAUGCAUCUGGGCAUGGUUUUCUCUACGAGCUGCUUGCAUCGAGAUCCGCAUGGGUUACCAUGGAUUGAAUACAUGCAUGAGGGAGCUGACAGAGUGUGGUACGGCAUAAACAACGAGCAGAGCGAGAAAUUCCGCGCCGCUGUCGAAUCGCUCUGCCCCACAUUCUGUCAGAACAAGUCCGUCUGGCUUCCAUCCGAUAUAACGGUCAUACCACCGAAUCUGCUGAGAGAGAAGAAUGUCUCGCUGUGUCGGACAGUCCAGAGACCUGGCGAAUUUAUAAUCGUUUGUCCAAACGCUUAUUCCUGUUCCCUGGCCACUGGGAUGACGAUGUCUGAAAGUGUCUACUUUGCAACAUCUGCCUGGGUCAAGAAUCUGAGGCAUGACUUUGAACAACUGCGCAAUAGCUGUGAGCCAUCGAUGUUUCCCCUGGAACAACUGCUAUUGUCGUUUGUAAAAGACGCCUCAACGCCCGUCGAAGUCCUCAAGGAAAUACAAACUCUUUUCAAUGACAUCAUCGAAGAUGAACUUAGGAAUAGACGGGAACUCCGCAAAAUUGGCUUAAAGAACAUACAACGUGCAUCAAAGAUCGAAGUUCAGGAGGAGUGCGAAAUAUGCCGUAAAAGUCUAUAUUUAUCAUGGGGCCGUGGUCUCCUUAAUAAGAAAUCAGUACUCUGCUCAGAGCACACUUUAUUAGCACUUCAGAAGCCGGAAUACAGAAAUAUGUUGAAAGAAAAACUCACCAUCAACUACAUUGUAAAUUACACUGUUGUAACAGCUGCAACAAGGAAUUUAGAAUUGAUACUAAAGGAUUAUAAGGCUAGAGACCAGAAAAAACUCAAUACAACAAUAAUUAUAUUUCAUAGUGAAGUUUCCAAUUAUAACUGA